CUAGAGCCAAACCACAGUUUACACAUUAAGGAACUGUCUGUGGUAAAGUGUCGCUCAUACUAACACAGGAUUAUUCGUACUGUGCCCUCUUGGUCAUUGUUUUCAAAUUGAAGACAAGCUCCUUCGAGAAGCCAAACGCCUGUAUUGAGCAUAGGAAUAGUUUGCUUAUGUUUUAUUCCAAGCGAUGUGCAGCCGAUAAAGCUCGUUCUUCUUUAAAAAGACGAACACAAUUCCGGCUAAAUCGACGGAGAACUCACUUGACAUGCACUUCACGGACUUCCACGGACUACUACUGUAACACAAGCCUGGCCUGUGAGGAGCAAAUUCACCCAUCCACCCACCCGUUCAUCCACCCACGCGGCGUGAAAUCCACACCCCCUCAAGAGUGCAGCAAGGGAAACAAAAGUACCAUUGUGCACAUACAGGGAUGGAGGACAGGAGGCACCUGCCUCCAGAUGGAGGUGGCAACCUCAAGCGCUCCGCCCCAGCAGAGUGUGGCACAGAGGAGAGAGCGGUCAGCAAGGAGCGGGGAGACCCUGAGAGAAAAGACAAUCUCUGUGAUGUUCCCCGCAAGGUGCCUCGUUUCCAGUAUGUAGAUUUCCCUUCCCUGCACCAGUGCAUCCAGCAGCUCUCUGUGCCUCCUCUGAACGGCUGGCUGGGAUCCUGCUCUAUGGCAAAAGCCCCAAACUACAGGCCUGCCAGUCCCAAGGAGAAGGUGCCCAAGUUUAAAUAUGUGGAUUAUCCAUCUCUCCACCACUGCAUUCAGCAGCUGUCUGUGCCUCCGCUAGAAAGCUGGAGUGCAGGGCUGGUCAGGCUUAAUGCAGAGGGGGGACAGCAGAGACCCUUGCAAGCUGGGACAGUGAGGAAGAACCAGAGAAAUGACGGAGGAGAUCAAAACACAAAACAGAACAUGAGUAGAGGCACAGCAUUUACUUUCGAGAGAGACACUCUCAGCUCAGUCUCAAGCAGGGAAGAGGCCCAACAGAGGUUGGAGAAAGGUAAACCAGAAGCUGGCCUGCGGUCAGAGUACAGUUGCAGGUUUGAAUCUGGUUCUGGAUCUCAGACCAACACUGCAGUGAUGAGAAACGUCAGACCGUCUGUGAUUAGCAUGGUGCACACAGAUAAGCAGAAGCACUGGACAAAGCCAGAUCACUUGGAAGCACAGUUGAACUCUCCAGAUUCAGUUGGACGGGUGCCGUGGAGUACCCUCCCAGAGUCAGUCUGCCCAUUCUGCCAACAGAUGUUCACAAACCCAGAGCAGUUCAGGGCUCACCAGCGGAGUCACAGAGAUAAGAGACCAAACUGAUGUGCAGAAAUACUGAGAGAGAGCUGCAUCUGGUGAACAGUUAACGCCACAUCAGGAAUAUCAUCAUCAGAGGCCUUCUCGUGUUGGCUGUAGUGGUGAUCGCUGGCAGGAUCAAAGACACGUUAACCACAUUAGACAGUUUGGGUUCAGACCUUAGGGAGAAUGCAAGCCUUAGUCUUGACUGAUGGUGUGAAGUCUAAAAAGGCCCGACAGAAACAUACAAGCAUACAAUCUGGAUGCACGAUUGCGCACACACACAUGCUCACACAAAAGGGUGCUGACAUACAAACACAUAGAAAGCGUGUCCUAUUUAUGGUUCAGAAGAGGUCAAUAUUUACUGCCCACACAAGGACCAUCAGACAUAAUGGGGUUUCAGCUCAAGGCUGAGGAUUAGAAGCAGAUUUACAGUCUCGUCCGCACAUAUCUGCGUGUUUACAGGGGCUUGAGGGACUGGUGCUUAACAGGAUGGCUUUUAUUACAUACAUGUUCCCCACACUGUGUGCAUGGUGGCAGGCUAAACAUUUAGCUAUGGGUGCCUACAGAAUAAUGGUUAAUGUUAAUGCUGCACAAACAAACAGGCUUGUUAAUAAUUUGUUACUUUAGCUUUUUAUUGUUUUGUAUUUUUUAUGUUUUUUUGGAAAUUAAUGUCUAGUGGCUUCAAGCUGGUAGCUUUAAAUCUUAUAAACGUACCGCUUGUUUUCAAGUGUUUUAAUUGUGUGAGUAAAGGUUUUU